CUCCGUCUCUCCCCGCGACUGGAGUCCCACUGAGCGGCUCACAAACUUCAGUGUCGAGCCUGAAAGCGGAGGACGAAGAGCAGGAGCCGACAGACGGAAAGAAGUCGCAGUCAAACAGCCCCAUUUUUUUCACCGGCGACAAACAGCGCAAACGGCCGCCGUGAAGUCUGCAGCUUAUCUACGCUUUCUAACGGUGGCUUUGGGGAUUUUACACUCAGCUUUCCCUGUUUGAUUUUAAUGAUUUUUUUCCUCCAUUGUUUGUCGAAGUUUCCGACUGUCACGUCUUAGUUACGGACCUUUAUCGCUUCUGGCCGUGGGAUUAAUCAAUUUAAUUCAGGAGCGAAUUAUUCAACACUUAGCUGCUUUCCACAGAAAGCCGUUUUUGGAGGGUUUUCUCCUCUAACGGAGCGGUGACGGUAACGGUAACAUUUGGACCAGCCCUUGCCAUGGGGAAAUAGCGGCGAUAUCUCUGUAACCGACCCCCGUGAUUUUGACUUUUUUUAUGGACGUUUUUGAAAGACUGAGCUCAGUUUUAGACUAAAAUAAUGAGCAUGGACGGUUGUCCGUUGAAGGUGGUGAUUUUCUUGUGGUGUCUGUUGGUGAUUUCUGGCUCCAGCUUUGAGAUAGGCUCUUACGAGCUGGAGCGAGGCAGACCAGCCAAGUGCGAGCCCAUCGUGAUCCCCAUGUGCGAGGGGAUCGGCUACAACCUGACUCGGAUGCCAAACUUCAUGGACCACGACGACCAGAAGGAGGCUGCCAUAAAGCUGAUCGAGUUCGCCCCUCUGGUGGCUUACGGCUGCGAUGUGCACCUCCGCUUCUUCCUCUGCUCCCUCUACGCCCCCAUGUGCACGGACAAAGUGUCGACCUCCAUCCCCGCCUGCAGACCCAUGUGCGAGCAGGCCAGGGAGAGGUGCGCCCCUAUCAUGAAAAAGUUCAGUUACACCUGGCCGGACUCGCUCGACUGCUCCAGGUUGCCUACCAGAAACGAUCCCAACGCUCUUUGCAUGGAGGCCCCCGAGAAUGAAACCAGGACAGAGGGGAAGAAAGGCGAGGGCAUGCUCCCGGUGCCCCCUCGCCCCAGGCAGCCGGGCACCAGCAGCGGCCGCUCUCAAGGCAGCCUGGGCUCCUGUGAGAACCCAGACAAGUUCCAGUUUGUGGAGAAAAGUCAGUCGUGUGCACCGCGCUGCUCCUCUGCUGUGGAUGUCUUCUGGUCCAGGCAGGACAAGGACUUCGCCUUCAUUUGGAUGACAGUGUGGUCCAUCCUCUGCUUUGUCUCCACAGCAUUCACCGUCCUCACCUUCCUUCUGGAGCCUCACCGCUUCCAGUACCCCGAGCGCCCCAUCAUCUUCCUCUCCAUGUGUUACAACGUUUACUCUGUGGCCUUCAUCAUCCGCUCAGUGGCCGGGGCUGAGAACAUCGCCUGUGACCGGGAGAACGGCGAGCUGUACAUCAUCCAGGAGGGGCUGGAGUCGACGGGCUGCACCAUCGUCUUCCUCAUCCUCUACUACUUUGGCAUGGCCUCUUCCAUCUGGUGGGUCAUCCUCACCCUCACCUGGUUCCUGGCAGCUGGGAAGAAGUGGGGUCACGAGGCCAUUGAAGCCCACAGCAAUUACUUCCACAUGGCUGCCUGGGGCAUUCCCGCUCUGAAGACUAUCAUCAUCCUCACAAUGAGGAAGGUGGCUGGAGACGAGCUGACGGGGCUGUGCUACGUGGGAAGCAUGGACUCCGGAGCGCUCACCGGCUUCGUCCUCAUCCCCCUGUCCUGCUACCUGAUCAUCGGCACCUCCUUCAUCCUCACCGGCUUUGUGGCUCUCUUCCACAUCCGGAAAGUGAUGAAGACGGAGGGCACAAACACAGAGAAGCUGGAGAAGCUCAUGGUGAAAAUCGGCAUCUACUCCAUCUUGUACACGGUGCCGGCCACUUGUGUUAUUGUCUGCUACUUCUACGAGAGGCUAAACAUGGACUACUGGAAGCUGAGGGGCGUGCAGAUGAAAUGUGGAUCGUUCAACGGGCUCAGCAGCGACUGCUCGCUGCAGACGUCCGUGCCCACCGUGGCUGUGUUCAUGCUGAAGAUCUUCAUGUCGCUGGUGGUCGGCAUCACCAGCGGUGUGUGGGUGUGGAGCUCUAAGACUCUGCAGACAUGGCAGGGCCUGUGCAGCAGGAAGCUCACAGACAGAACUAGAAGUAGGAAGCCCUGCAGCGGUGUCAGCUGCGGCAGCACACACUGCCACUACAAAUCUCCUGCUGUGGUCCUGCACAUGGCCAAGACUGACCUGCACUCAGACAACCCCACACAUGUCUGAGAGGGAGCAUCACACACACACACACACACACACAUGCCCUGAGUAAGGAGCUGCUAAAGACUUUGUGAGAAGAUGAGCGGUUGAAUUGAACUGUCAGUUACUGCUCUGCUGCUGCCAAGCGACAUGCAAGUACAGGCAUCACUAUGAGAAACUUUCUUUAAACAGUAUUCAGUGCAUAAAGGGAAUUGUUCAGUAUUGUUGCCCAUAUUUUUCUGUUUCAUAGUGUUCUGUGCAGUAGACAUGCCCAGUGUUUCAAAGCAAAAAAAAGAGGAAAAAAAGAAAAAGAAGACUGUUAAGGGAGGUAUCAUGGGAAAUAUUAGUCUAUUCUCCUCCCUGAAAGUGGCAUGAAUAUCUGUAUAAAUCUGUAUAAAAGUUUUAUUUAUUGUAAAUAUAUUUAAUUUAAAGUUGGCUCUUAUCAGAUUUGUUGUUUAGAUGCAUUUAUUAAAGGUAAAGAGAAAUGAAGUGCCUUUUAUAAGAGCUCUGGUUCUGGCCUUUGUGGAGGAUAGCCUAAUAAAUUUGUGGAAUCCAUGUUCAGCUUCCUGAAGUUAUUGUCAUUUUGGUUACCAUCUUAGAGCAACUCAUAGUUAAUAUUUCACCAUUUUAGCAGUCUCAGAUUUAAUAGUCACAAACGAUUGCUCAUUUCAGUCCUGGUUUCCUGAUUUUCCUUCUCCUGGGAUUCACAUAUUUUUAUGGGGGUAGCCUGCUCCCCGCCAAAUGUGUUGUCUUCCAAGUGCACGCUGCGCAUCCCAGAGGCAUCCCCGACAAUAAUCCUCAAAGAGAAUCGCUGAUGAAUAGAGUGACAAUCCGUGGCAAGUAUUAAUGUUUGCAUCAUCGUCUUAAACAUGCAGGAGCGGUUUGCGGAGGAAUAUAUUUAAUUAAUGGCACUUUUAAUCCUCACACAGAAUUGUUGUUGUUGCCCUCUCAACUGCUCCAUUUGAUCCAAACACUCAGCACUUUGAUCUGAGAUGACAAAUCUGAAAUGUAUUCCAGCCUCAUUGCACAGUUUCGCUGACAGUUUUACGUUGAGCACAGGCACUUAAAAUUGUGGGUGCCCAUUGAGCAGAUGGAGUAUUAACUUAAUGUUUAGCUUAUGUGGGGUUUAUGUGAUAUUAAUUAUUAAUUAUUAUUAUGUCUGAGUUUGAUUCACCGCAAGGCGCAAAAGACAAUCCACUGUUAAUUCUAAAAGUAACACCAGGUAUAAAUG